GCGAGGCGCCAGGCGCUAGGCGCUCCGCGGCGACCAUGCUGGCCGCGGUCCGGUACCUGCAGGGCUCGGAGCUCGUGGCCGCCUUUCAGCGCAGGUGCGGCCUCUUCGCCCAGGACGGGGCCGCGCGCCGGGAGCGACGCGACAAACAGGACAGAAAUUCAAAUUACAAAUACAAAUCGCGCGUGAGCCAUGAUGAUGAUGCCGCGCCACCUCUCCAGUACAACGUCCGGAAUCGCCUUCUCUAUUACUUAUUCUUGGGAUCUGCGGAGCUCGGACACGAGAUGUUCUACAUCACCUUCCUUCCCUGCAUCCACUGGAACCUGGAUCCCUUCUUGUGUCGCCGCCUGGUCAACAUGUGGAUGGUGGUGAUGUAUAUUGGUCAGGUGAUGAAGGACAUGCUGAAGAUGCCCCGCCCUCUUUCGCCCCCUGUGGUGAAGCUGGAGCCCCGUGUGAACGCCGAGUACGGAAUGCCCUCCACCCACGCCAUGGCCGCCACCGCCAUCUCUUUCACCUUCCUGCUCAGCGCUGCACCCAGGUUCCAGAUCCAGUUUGAAGUCGGGCUCCUCGUGGCUGUCGCGUUUUCCACCCUGGUGGGCCUCAGUCGACUCUACACGGGCAUGCAUUCUGCGCUGGACGUCAUCUGCGGAGCGAUGAUCUCGGCCCUGUUGAUGGUCGCGACCUACCCGGCGUGGGACGCUUUCGACCGCCUGCAGCUCGAGAGCCCGCUCUCCCCGGUCCUCGCGGUGCUCGUGCCCCUCUUCCUGUGCUACAACUACCCCAGGCUGGACCACUACAGCACCACGCGGGGGGACACCACCGUCAUCCUGGGCGCGGGUGCCGGCUGCUCCGUGGGCUACUGGGUGAACCGCCAGCUCGGGAAGACGUUCGAGCCGCAGGGGGGCUUCCCCGUCCCUCUCCCCGCACUGACCCCGCAGGCCCUGCUGUUUGGGUGCGGGCGCUUCCUGCUGGGCGUCGCCAUCCUGCUGGGGACCAGGCAGGCGAUGAAGACGUUCAGCCUGCUGGCCCUCUGCUCCUGGCGCAAGGUCUCCUUCCAGGAUUUAAAGGCCCGGCAGCAGAAGGAGAUAGAGGUGCCGUACAAGUUUGCCACGUACAUCAGCGUUGGUCUGGUGAACACCAUUCUCGUAAACAACGUCUUUGUUGUUCUGGGGCUGCUUUGACAACAGACUUUUUUUUUUUUUUUUUUUUUUAUUAUAAAUUAUUUUGAAGGCGGUGCACUUGAGCAUGUGCCCCUGUUCAGGUUCAUUCAAGAGAAAGAUAUAUAAUCAUGUGCUGUUUAUCGUACAUGAGCCAAAAACACUACAGUUCUACAUGUAUUUAUGCUGCACAAAUAUCGAGUGUGUUCAACAAUGAGCGUUUUGUGUUUUUUUUUUUUUUUUUUUUUUUUUUUUGUAUAAAAAUGUACAACGGUAACUUGAAUCUUGUACCGGGACAUGGUGUCAUUUACCACCGAUCAUAUU